AUGAAGACACAUGCAUACGAUGCUGUCUGUAAAGAAUUAGAUGCAAUUACUAUAACAUAUUUUAAUAAAUUAACUGAAUAUUCUCAACAAUGGAAAGAGACUAAUCAACAAUUACAACAAGGAUUUCUUGAUUUGGCUCACGCAAAAUAUACAAUGGGAGCACAGACCAUUUCUCAAUAUUCUUAUGAUGAGCGUAUGAAGGCCACUUUACAAAUGUAUGUAAAGAAAAAAAAAUAUGUGACUAUUUGA